UAAAACUGUUGUCAGCGCCAAUGUCGAAGACUGGCAGAAUUAUAUAUUUUGCAGAUUUACCUACCGUUAAAAAUAUACCAAAGUUCAUACUUGGAAAAAUCAAUGGUACGAAAACCGGUUAGGAGAAAGGUUGUUAAAUCCGAUUCACAAAUGUUUUGCGUCUUUGACAUGAUUCCAUUACAUAAGCUUAUUCGCGCGUGAUAUAAAUGUCUUGCUGAAGGAAACCUGCCUCUCGCUCACGCAGUUGUAUUCUUUGAAGUUUUUGGAAAUAGUAGGUACCUCUAUUCUGGAUACAAUUUCGUUUCAAAAGUACCAAAUACUUUUCCCUCAUCAAGGUAUGAUGUGCUCAAAACACACUUCUAGUAAGUCUCGAUUACUUCUAUUUGCAGAUUUGUUCCAUAAUGUGUUUCGCUGGGCUUCCAGUCAGGUGGUUUUCAAUAGUACCAAUAUACCAGACAUAAAAGUUCCAAGGUCUUUAAAUGCUGUUGCCGAGAAAACUCCACAACCAAAUAUUUUGGGCCAUCAUGUUAUUACAGAGGAAUGUUUGACUUCAUUAGUGGAAGAUAAACAAUAUUACGAAACCCCCAUUCUUCAUUUACUCUCACGAAGAAACAACGUGAUUGCAACACUAACUGACUGUAAUGGACGAGUUCUGAAUGGCACUAGUUGUGGUGCUGAAGGUUUCCGGAACGCUCGUAAAAUGUCUACUGUUGCUUUUCAAACUGUGGGUAUCUCCAUAGGACUGAAGGCGAAAAAACUUGGGAUUGGGGCUGUGCGUGUUGUAUUUAAUGGGCUAGGGUCAUGUAGGUUGCCUGUUCUCUCAGGUUUGAAUAUCUCGGGACUAAAGAUGAUCUCUUUGACGGAUGAUACAAAAGUUCAUUAUGGCCAUGGGAGAAGACCUAGAAAACAACGUAGGAUUUAAAAGGAACUUUCGCAUCCCUCCUGAUGUAAUCAUAGUAGUGGGAGUGUACAUAAUAUAAACCCUAAAUUUCGGCCUAUUUAUUUGUGAGUCUUCUGUGUGUAGUUGCACAUUACUUUUCAAGUUUGCGUUAAUGAAACGUUCAGAGAUUCUAUUUACUGAUCGGAAUGUUAGACAAACUGUCACAUUUGAUGUAAAAAUGCAUCGCUCCUAAUGAAGAUGUGUAUCUUAUCGGAAAUCCCAGAAAUUUCAAGAAACUCAAGGCAAUUAAAAAAGACGCUUAAUUCGUUCUCUGUCCUAAGUUCUUCCCAAUAAAAGUUAACAUGAACUACCAA